CGGUACUAAACUACCGAUUUUUACCACCUGGACACCUUGGACAGAUCCACUACUAGGUAAAUACCUACUUGAUCUCCAAAUCAUCAUCACCUCCAACAUGUACCUACUUCCCUACAAACCAUGCUGUAUCAUUGGGUAAAGCAAGAACAUGGAUUCUAGAUCUGUGUCUGAGGCUGCUCAGCCCUCGCCCGCGGGGAGCAUCAGUAACGUUCCCAAGGGCAAACUGCUUCUGCCUGCCAGCUGCGAACCUCCGCUGCCGAAUGCGCCUAGGAAGCAGCUUGUAUGGAUCGUUUUUGGAGGUACUGGCCACAUGGGCCGUUCGCUCGUGAAAUGUGCUCUAGCCCGCGGCGACCUAGUAGCGGACGUGGGCCGCACAUUCGAAAGCACGCCUGAGGAGAUGGCGGCAGCGAACCCGCACGAAAACUGUCUGGGCCUGCUGUGCGACGUACGCGCGCGGCAGAGCGUAGCGCAGGUCGUGGAACGCACGCUCGACCACUUCGGCCGCGUCGACGUCGUUGCCAACUGCUCUGGCUACGGCGUGAUUGGCGCCUGCGAGGACCAGGACGACCACGAGGUCCGCAACCAGUUCGAGACCAACUUCAUGGGCACCCUGCACAUCAUCCAGGCCACGCUCCCUUACUUCCGGCAGCAGAGUGCCGGCCGGUACUUGAUCUUCAGCUCGACGGGCGGCGCUUUGGGUGUCCCCGGGUUGGGACCGUACUGCGCGACCAAGUACGCGGUCGAGGGCUUGAUCGAGGCUAUGCUGUACGAGAUCGACUCGUUCAACGUGAAGGCGACGCUGGUGGAGCCGGGGCUCGUGCGCCGCGAUGAGCCGGACGCCCAGGCGAACCCGCUCCCGACGUGGGGCCACUUCCUCAUCAAGCCGGCCAGCGAGGCCUACGGGCACGCGACGUCCCCCGCCCUGCACGCGAAGCGCAUGGUGCAGUGGCUCGGUGAUCGCCAGCCGACCAGCGCGGUAAAGUGCGCGGAGCUCGUGUGGCAGCUCGCGCACUGCUCGUACCCGCCCUUGCGUCUUGUGCUGGGGAGCUAUGCUAUCGAGAGUAUACGGGACAGGCUUAGGUCCGUCACGGAGGAGCUCGAAGAUUGGAAGCAUUUGAAUUACCCCGCAGCUCCGGAGACGGAGGGGGGUAGUGGGAGUGGUGCUGGUGGUAGUACUGGUGGCGGCAAUGCAUCGGCUUCGGUGUCGGGGCAGGAGGGUAGCAAAGAUAGGGAGAGGGAUGACGAUACGGGGGAUUCAGCGGCGGAGAUGCCGGAGCUUAUGGAUCUUACUUAGGGAUUCACGGGGAAGUCUUACGAUUAAGGGUGUUUUACUACGCACAGCAGAGUUUAUUGAAUGUCAUUACACGAUACGAUGGAGCAUAUGGCACGGGCAUUGGUGAGGAGUCUGGACUAAACAGACUCACUCAUCUAGGUAACCAAAAAUAUUUGUCACUAAUAAAGCUCAGAUAGUCUUCUUUAUGAUCCCAUCCCCCCUAUUAGUAAAAGAAAGGGAAGUUGAUCACUCAUGAAGCGGUCAGUCUACUAGGCACCUGUGUACCAUCUAUGUAGUAUAUUAGUAUAUUAGGUAUGCAAAUGAAAUUGUAACAUAA